AUGUUACUCGAACCAAAGGACUUCCCGCAGAUGUGGCAGAAACCGUCAAGUGAUGACUUACUCAGCACACUGAAGCAACUGGAACUCAGCCCCCCGAUAUGGAGUCACAAACAGAGGCGAUCCGACAUCGUUCAUGAGCAAGAGGCCACAGCCUAUUUCCGGCGCGAAGUAUCAAUGUACCUGUCAUCCAUCAUCAAGAGCGGUCUCUCCUGGAUCGAGGACGACGAUGAGAAGGAGGAAAUCUGGUCAGAGGCCAGCCGUAGGAUGACGGAGCGCUGUGGAAGAACAGACUCGGGCGCCCAGCCUCUUACGCAAAGUGUAGCCAUGGGCGAAAUCACACGGCGGUGGCCCUUUAGAGAAGACGCUCUCACGCCGACGUUCGAGCUCAUCAUCCGAGAGCCGCCCCUGACAGGCGACUCGCUCGGCCUCAAGACAUGGGGCUCUUCGUACGUCUUGGCUCAGCACCUGCCGUCUAUCGGAUCGACUGCACUUUUCCGCCUCUUUGACGAGUCUCUCGGCCAGCCCCGGCCGUCCGUGUUGGAGUUGGGUUCCGGCACAGGCCUGCUCGGACUCGCGGCGGCGGCAUUGUGGAAGGCCCACGUUAUCUUGAGUGACUUACCCGAUAUUAUGUCAAAUCUGCGGCACAACGUCGAGGCCAACCGGGCGGCCGUGGAGAAGCUCGGCGGUUCACUGAACGCAGGAGCCCUUACCUGGGGUGGUUCAGGGGAAGACGAGGUUGACCAAGACUUGUUUGACAAGAAGAACCAGUUCAAGGUCGUCCUUGCCGCUGAUCCUCUCUAUGAUGACUGUCAUCCAGGCCUUCUGGCCGGCGCUUUUUCGGAACAGCUUUCGAAUGAAGACGACGCACGCGCUGUUGUGAUGGUCCCCUUGCGAGACGAAACGACGAAAGGGCUGUUGAAGGCAUUCAGAGAUGCCAUGGGAAGCCAAGAGCUGCCUCUGGCCUGCAUCGAAGAGGGAACUCUCGACGGCCAAGACGAUUGGGGCGAGGCCGAGGAGGGCACCCAAGUGACAUGUUGGUGGGGCAUCUUUGCGCGCAACUAA